AUGUGGGAAUGGCAAUUGCUCAUCCCGCACCCCAGGGACAUAAAUGUCAAGGUCCAAAACAGCAACGAUAACAACAAAGAUCGAUCUACGAUUAACGAUAUCAAGAGGACUCUUACGACUGAACAAUUCGAAGCAUUCAGGAGAACACCAUUUGGGAAGUUCUUUGAUCUCCCUCACUGCAUAGUACAAAACCAACUCAUCAAUCACAUUCUCUUACGCGAGGUUCAUCAGAAUAGGAGCGAUGAGGUUUGGUUCGAUUUUGGAGGGAAGUUACUUCGUUUCGGGAUAGAGGAAUUUGCUGUUAUAACCGGACUGAAAUGCAUUGGCAAAACUAAAAAGCUGAACAUUCCAAAGAUCUCUGGAGGUCUACACGAUAAGUUUCUGGAUGGUGUAGAAUUGAGCCGCAACCACAUCAGGUGGCAAUUUCUCAAGAAAGCAUGGUCCUGUGAUGAGGAUGCGAUGAAAUUUGCCAAGCUACACCUACUGGCAAAUUUCCUGAUGGGCUCACAAGAAGCCCUUCGCAUUGACCGCUGCUAUGUUGACUUGAUCGACAGUCCAAAAUGCGACGACCAUGCUUGGGGCAAAGAAGUUUUUGAUUUCACUCUUUACUAUCUCAAGAAGUCAAUUCAUAGUAGAGAGCAAAUGCACAUUUACGAGAAGCCCGAGGGUUCUGGAUAUCUUUACAGGUGUUAUGGCCUUAUCUUGGCUCUCCAGACGUGGUUCUACGAGGUGUGUGACACUGCUGAAGGUGUAAUAUGCACCUCGGUUGGUGACCGUGAUAUACCAAGGUUAUUGAAAUGGGAAUUUAAAAACAUCGUUCCUACCGAGGAGGAGAAGCUUACGCUUUCGUUGGACUCAUUUUUCAAAAAAAAAAAUGAAUUCACUCGGAAUGAUAUUCCAUCAAGCCCCACUACUCAGCAUACCAACGACGUUGACGUUAUAUCACGUCUCGACUCAAUCAGUGCUGAACUCGAGACCUUGAAACAAGCUUUCUUCGAGUUCUCGAAGCGUGUUAUGGCCGAAUUUGAGUUGUUCAGAGAAAAAUUCAUUCCGGCUAGCCAUGUACCAGUUCAAAAUGUACCCCAACCCGAUGUCCAUGUACCAAGUGGUGUCGACGAUGACGACCCAUUUCACGAAAUUAACACCCAAUUCUUAGAGGAGAUUGACCGGACGUUGCAAGAAAAGUUGAAUGAAUCAUCCAGGAGGAAAGAACCGAGAGGGUUCACAUAUGAGCCACACCCCAUCUUUGGUUAUGCAUUGAAUGGAUCGCAGCCGUCAUUUGAUGCUAUAACGGCCGGUCUGCCACCGACACCACCACACAAGAAAGCUAGUCUAGAUCAGCAAAAUAAUUCCGGACAUGUCCAGAAGAAUGUAGAUGAAGAGAGAUUCAAUACUGGACCUGUCGAACAUGUGGAGAAGAUUGAAGCUGGUGAGGGAGUUAAUCGAGGAACUCUUCAGGAGAAAAAGGUGGAUAUAGCUGAAAAGGGAUUGGAUGCAGUGCAAGCCAACGCACGAGUAAAUAGUGCUAUGGUGGUGUAUGAUCCAAAGGCACAUGUUGUGAAGAAAACCACAAAAGCAAGAAAAAAGUUGAAGACUGAUGUUCCUGUCAAGAUACGACUUCAGCACUCGCGCCCACUAGCCGGCGAUUUUGAUAUAACUAUAUCUGGAAGAGUGCACACGGGAAUCUACGAUGAGUGGAUUGCUGAAGGCACUUUACAAUGUGCUCCUCGUAAAGUCGCAAACGGGUACACAACGACGGAUGUGUUGUUCGACCAACACAUCAAGUCGUUGUACACGUCCUUUUUGUCUCAGUCUCGUAACCUUUCUGUAUGCACUGUGAAUGACAUGAUCAUUGACUACAUCACGGGAUAUAAGAUUAUAUGUGGACUUUCUUGGUUUAAGGUUGAUCAUGUCUUAUUUCCGAUUCAUUUGGAAAUAAAUAAUGUCGGUCAUUGGAUUAUGGGUCUCUUUUCCUUCGAUGAUAUGAAACUUCGAAUCUACAAUUCAAUUCGAACCCAAGACUGUGAUAAUCUUGUUAUGGAGAAUGUGAAGGCGUACGUUGAGCUUAUCCCCAUUUUCCUUGACUUGGUGAGGUUUCCAAAGAAAUCAGAGCACGGUCCUCACGAUGUUAUUAUGGUGGAUAAUGUCCCCCAGCAGCUAAAUAGCGACUGCGGGAUAUAUGUUGCAUCAUUUGCCGAGUAUUUCAUUGCCGGUCAUGACAUUACCAAAACGAAUAUUGAUGCUACUGUCCAGAGGCAUAGAUAUGGAUAUCUGCUCUACACUCAUGGCCUAAUGAAACAGACUAAUGGGUAUGAGAGUGAUGAUGAAUCACCCGGAUCUUUGCCUGAUGAAGUUCGUUUUGGAUUUCUCAAAGUUCUGGAUAAAUCGUAG